AUGUCGGAACUCCCAGCCACGAUAAAAAUCGAUGAUAUCACUUCAGGUAGAAUAGAGCCUGAGGUGAUUUAUGCGGAGUUGGAAAGAUUGAAAGUUGAAAUCAAUAUUCUCCGCCAUGACAUGUCAAUAUUUGUUAAAGCGCUUGCAAGUAUCCCCGAUGGACAAACCCAGCUGGCGUAUUAUGCAAAUGUAGAGUCUAAAUUACGCAUAGUCCAGAAAAGCAUUACAGACUACUAUUCCCAAUACGUACGGUUGUUACCGAUAAUUAAUUUGGCACAAAUUAAAUUGGGGCAUGAAGUUGAGAUACAGCCUGUGAAACAGCUGCUGCAAGAAAGUGGUAAUGGCGGCCUGGCAGGAAAGCAGGUGCCUGCUGCUGCAAGAAGAAGUAGUGGUUCAAAAGCAAAGGGUACUGUUACCCAGCCCAUCGAAUUGUAA